AUGAUGGAAUCGACAGGACUGCAUUAUUUCAUAUUGGUAUUUUUCAGUGUAUUGAUAGUUCGAGCUAAAUGUCAAUCAUGUGAUGGCUUGCCUGAAUAUGCUCCAUGUUCGACGCAUUUUGCGUGUGCCUGUUUCCGUAUGAUUGCUUCUUCUAACUCAAGCAUUUGUGUCGACCAAUUUCUGCUGUCUUGCUCUGAGCUAGUUCAAUGUGAACGUUUAAACAAUACUUGUAAUGAAUUCGAGCAUGUGUGUCUUAAUCAUUCUCGAUGUCAUGAUUAUCCUACUUGUUAUCCAGUACCGAGUUUCAAUGAACAAUUCUGUCCGCCAAUAAGUACAACUACAACUAUAACGACGAGUACAACUACAACUACAACGACGAGUACAACUACAACUACGACUACGACUACAACAACUAUUCAAGAAGGAAUUAACAUUCCUGCUAAUGCUAAAUGGAAACAGAACGGGGUAACUAUUGCUGGAGGUAACGGGGAUGGGAAUACCGUUGAUAAACUCAGCAGCCCUUAUGGUCUCUUCGUUGAUGAUGAUCAAACAGUGGUUAUUGCUGACUACAGGAAUCAUCGUAUCGUCCAAUGGAAGAACGGUAAUACAACGAAUGGACAAGUUGUUGCUGGUGAUAAAGUCAAAGGAAGUGGAUUGCAUCAAUUGAAUUUUCCAACUGAUGUAUUAAUUGACAACGAGACUGAUAGUCUCAUUAUUUGUGAUUAUGUGAAUCGACGAGUUGUACGAUGGUCUCGUCGUAGUGGUACAACAAAAGGUGAAAUACUCAUCAACAACAUCAACUGUUAUGGAUUAUCAAUGGAUGAACAGAGAUAUCUCUACGUUUCUGACGACGGAAAACAUGAAGUAAGACGAUAUCAAUUGGGGGAGAAGAAUGGCACUCUCGUAGUUGGUGGAAAUGGACAAGGUGAUGGUCUUAAUCAACUUAACGAGCCGACAUAUCUCUUUGUCGAUCGACAACAGACUGUCUACGUAUCAGACGGGAAUAAUAUUCGUGUAAUGAAAUGGAAUACAGGUGCAAAAGAAGGUAUUGUUGUCGCUGGAGGACAAGGCGAAGGGAGUGCUUUGACACAUUUGUAUCGUCCUCUCGGACUCUUUGUUGAUGCGUUGGGUACACUCUAUGUAGCAGACCAUGGGAAUGAUCGUGUAAUGCGUUGGCCUCAAGGAGACACGAAACAAGGCGCUGUAAUCGUGGGUGGAAAUGGCUAUGGAGCAGAAGCAAAUCAGUUCAGCAACCCCUGGGGUUUGUCUUUCGAUCGACAUGGUAAUCUCUAUGUCGCCGAUACGAAUAAUAAUCGUGUUCAACGAUUUUCUAUCGAAUAA